GAAUUGAGCACCAGCCUUUCUCUCCCUUUGUGACACUACAUCCCUAAGGAAACGGCAAGCUUUGCCAUGGCUACUGGGAGUGUUGUCAAAGCCACCAGAGCUUCCUGGGCAGCAGAGAAGGACGUGUCUCAGCUUUGCCCGCCCUCCGUGUGUGCUUCCUCCUUCCUCGGGAGCCUCUUCAGAGCUGGCCCAGCGAUGCCAAAGAAUGCUCUGGUGACCCUCCGGUAUGGGCCUUAUCGGAGCUGCGGGGUGGUGGAGCACAGGACCUUCCGCCUGGAGGGCAUGCAAGCUGUGUUAAAAGGAGACGGGCAUCAAGUCGUCCUCCAGCAAAUCCCCGAUUGGAACGACGUGCAGCUGAUUGUGAAUGGGGAGACCGUCUUCCAGUGCAACAUCUAUGACUUAGAUUUCGGAGGAGAUGGAAAGUUGGACCCUCUUUGCCAAGAAGCUCGAGAGGCCGUCUUAAAAGCCUACUGAAGAAGCCUUCUUCUUGUGCUUUGCUCUUUCAAACGCUCGUUUCUCACAAAGGAAGCCCAACCCCCCCCCUCCCCCACAAAAGGCUCCUAUUGUACCUUGUUGCCAAAACAGCACGGUCUCCAAUUCACUAAUCACUUCUCUGCUUCGUAUCUAAUUAUUUGAAGCCUUUUUGUCCUUACGC